AAGAGCGUCAUUUUUGGUAUCCCGCGCAACUUUCUUCAUCUCUCAGUUUUCAGUAUUUCGAGUCUCUAAAUCGAUUCGGCCAAUCCAACUCUCUUGAUUGGUAUUCAGAUCGUGCCGUCUCGAAUUCGGGGUUUCAGUAAAUACUCGAUCACUGACCCGACCCGAAUUGUUAAUGUCGGAAAUGAAGGAGACGAGUGGGGUUACUAUUGGCGGCGAAUCGUUGAGAGCAUCGCCGAAUGUUUUGACCGCCGGUGAUCGGAAAUUACUUAAGGUGGAGCUACGCCCAGGGGAUACGACGUAUGUAUCGUGGAAGAAGCUUAUGAGAGAUGCUAGUAAGGUCAAUGGUUCAUCAGCUUCGGUUCCCGAUCCGCCUCCUAAUGCUAACCCUAACCUCGAGUCUCGAAUUGGACCGGGACAGCCUGCAGAAAUUGAAACGAAUGAUCAACCUCAUUCUAAUCGAUUCAACGCGGUUAUUGAGAAGAUAGAAAGGCUUUAUAAGGGAAAUGAUAGCAGUGAUGGGGAAGAAUUAGACGGUGCUCCUGACGAUGAUGAGUAUGACACUGAAGAUUCAUUUAUCGAUGAUGCCGAACUGGAUGAGUAUUUUGAAGUUGAUAAUUCAGCUGUUAAACAUGAUGGAUUUUAUGUCAAUAGAGGAAAGUUAGAGCGGAUAGAACCUUCGACAACAUCUAACCAGCAACCCAAAAAAAGGCGACGCAAAGAUUCCACAAAAAUUUCUGGUGAUGCUGUUGACGUAUCUGAUAAACACACCAAGUUGUCCAUAACAGCUAGGCAAAAGGAUCAGUCAAUUGCUUCUGGAUCCUCUUUGAAGAGAAAGUAUAAUGUUGCAAGGAAAACACAGGAGUCAUCUUUGCCUUUUGGAGCGCAAGAUGCAAAUACUUCAUUAUCUCUGGAUAAUGUCAAGCAUCCUGAUAGAGCAAACUAUCUGAGUAAGAAGGACACAACUCACAAGUCAAAGGAAACUGGAUCCUCUAGUGCCCUUCAACAAAAAUACAGCAACAAAGGCUUACAUCAACAAUCUAAGUCCCUUCCAGGAAAAUUUCUACCCAAUGUUUCUGCAGAGGCAACAAUAGUUCGCCAGAAAGAAAACAAUGGUGUGCAUGAACUAGCAAAUGCAAUGGGAAGCAGACAAUCUAGUCAAGCGUCUAAAAAAGAUGGUUCUAAUGUGAAGUCUAAAACCUCGAUCCUCGAGAAAGCCAUAAGAGAAUUGGAGAAGGUGGUCGCGGAAUCAAGGCCUCCUGCUAUCACUGAGAAUCAAGAAGCUGAUACCUCAUCCCAGGCAGUUAAGAGGAGAUUGCCAAGAGAUGUAAAAUUGAAACUUGCUAAAGUUGCUAGGAUUGCGGCCAGCCAGGGAAAAUUUUCGGCAGAGUUAGUCAACCGUCUCAUGAGCAUUGUCGGUCACCUAAUCCAGCUUAGGUCACUUAAGAGGAACUUGAAAAUCAUGAUUGAUAUGGGUGAUUCUGCAAACCGAGAAAAAGAUAAUAGGUUCCAGCGAAUCAACAAUGAAGUUCUUGAUAUGAUAAGAACGAAAGUUUCUUUGAUGGAAUCACAGACAACUAGACCAGAAACUGGAACAUCAGACGAUUUUCAGGACUCUGUAGAAAAGCCAUCUUUGAAGAAGUUUGUCAUGGAUGCGGCAUUGGAGGAUAAAUUGUGUGAUCUAUAUGACAUCUUUAUUGAAGGACUGGAUGAAGAUCAAGGUCCACAAAUAAGAAAGCUGUAUGUUAAUCUGGCUGAACUCUGGCCAAAUAGAUUAAUGGAUAAUCAUGGGAUCAAGCGUGCAAUUUGCCGGGCAAAAGAGAGGCAAAAAGCAUUGUACGGGAACCUUGGGAAGGAGAUGGAUCAAACAAAGAUGAAGAAGAGCAGGAAGCAGUUGGUACCAAAAAUAGAGUGGACUGCUCAGCCCAACACGGAAUCAGUGGCUCAGAGACAACAGAGUGGAGAGAAAAUGACUGUAGAUCCAAACACAACCAGCACUUCGGUGGUCACCAGUCAAACUAUGGUUGACAGAUCAAAUCAGCAGCAUGAGAAGCUAAAGGGAAGCUCAAGCUCUAUUAAUCCUGCAGAUGAAACAAGAGUGGUCAAGAGAAAGACAGAUGCUAUAAUGGCAGAGAAACAAGUCGUUCUUGCCCUGAAGAAACCGGAACAUUCACAGACACGUGUUAUCCCAGGUACUCAGAAUCUGAACAUCCCACAAGCAACUCCGGACCUGAACUUGCCAAGUUGACCUCCUGAUUCACGAAGGAGCUCGUAAACACAUAGAAACGCCGGAGACAAUAACCUCCGGCCUCUCUUCCUUCUCUUCCAAUUUCAGGUGGCACGGCAUAGGCCCUGGCUAUGCCGAUGCUUGGUUUUUAGCUACAAAAGCAUGGCUUAUAAAGUUGUCUGUAUUAUAGUUUGUCUCCAAAUUAAGUUACUCACUUGCCCUUUUUAUGAAGUCUUAAGUCUAAUGUAUAAAAAUUAAUGAUCUUUCGAGCAGCUUUUACAA